AUGGCGUCCUUUCUGGCAUGGUGUACUGGCGCCCAGCGGCGCGCGCAGAAAGCGCACUGGAGACAGAUAGAAGAAUCUGCUUCAAAUCUGGAAUCUCUCCCCUCAUGGAAUGAACCAGAUAAUAAACUCAUCCUGCAGACAUUCGAAUGGCACGUCCCAGCAGACCGCCAGCACUGGCGCCGUUUGCAAAACGCUUUACCUGGUUAUCAGGCCAUUGGCGUUGACCAAUUGUGGAUUCCGCCUGGUUGUAAGGGGAUGGACGUGAACGGGAAUGGGUAUGACAUCUAUGACCUCUAUGACCUUGGCGAGUUUGAUCAGAAAGGUGCUGUUCCUACAAAAUGGGGGUCGAGGGAUGAUCUUGAGUCAUUCUUGUCUGAAGCGCGGGGGCUUGGGAUGGGUGUUAUUUGGGAUGCUGUCCUUAAUCAUAAGGCUGGUGCUGAUUUUCCUGAGGCAUUUCCUGCUGUUAAGGUUGAUCCGAAAGGGAGAGAUGUGGAGGUAUCCAAGCCAUUGGAAGUCAAUGGUUGGACAGGCUUCGAUUUCCCAGGCCGAGGCGAGAUGUACAGCAGUAUGAAAUACCGCUGGGAACAUUUCAGCGGCGUCGACUGGGAUGACAAGAGCAAGGAAAACGCCAUCUACAAGAUUACAGGCCCCGGCAAGGAUUGGGCGCAGGACGUCUCCACCGAGAACGGGAACUAUGAUUAUCUCAUGUUCGCCGAUCUGGACCUGGCGCACCCCGCGGUUCGAGAGGACCUCUUGCAGUGGGGAAGUUGGAUUACCCACGCAUUGAGUCUGAGUGGCAUGAGGCUGGAUGCAGCGAAGCAUUUCUCUGUCGGCUUUCAGCGCGCGUUCGUGGACCAUGUGCGGAAAACGGCCAAUCCUGAUUUCUUUGUGAUUGGUGAGUAUUGGACUGGGAACCUCAAGGCUCUUCUGGAGUAUCUCAAGGAGACAGAGUACAGCCUUGCGGCGUAUGAUGUUCCCCUUGUCGAGAAGUUUUGCAAAUUGUCCCAUCAGCAAUCGCCAGACCUCCGUGGCAUCUUGAAGGAUACUUUGGUACAGUGUCAGCCGGACCAUGCUGUGACCAUCGUUUCAAACCAUGAUACGCAACCAGGACAGAUGCUCGAAACCCCAGUAGCCCCAUCCUUCAAGGUUCUAGCGUACGCCCUAAUCCUUCUCCGCAAAGAAGGCCACCCCUGCGUCUUCUACGGCGACCUCUACGGCAUCCGCGCCAACGUCAAAGACCCAAUGACACCAAGCUGCAAUGGCAACCUACCACUCCUAACCCAAGCACGCAAACUGUACGCCUACGGCGAACAACAGGACUAUUUCAACCAACCAAACUGCAUAGGUUUCGUCCGCUACGGUAACGCCCGUCAUACAUCUGGUCUUGCCUGCGUGCUCAGCAAUGCUGGCUCAGCCGUACAGCGCAUGUAUGUUGGAAGGGAGCGUGCGUAUCAGGAGUGGGUUGACAUCUUACGGCCGGAUGUGAAGCCUGUGGUCAUCGAUAAGAAGGGGUAUGGGUACUUCACAGUUGCUGCUAUGAGCGCUAGCAUCUGGGUUGAGGCGGUAGCUUCGAGUCGGGAUGGUUUGAGGCGUGAUUUUGACGUGAACAUCUACAACUAA